ACAUACACGCAGACGACCCCAUAGAGACAAAAAGGAUACAUAGAAUAUAUAGUAUAUAUACAUAUCUGAGUAAAUCAAUUCAGUUACGAGAUGAGGAGGCUCUUGGUACUCCUAGGACUGUUGUCCUGUCUGGGGCAUUUGUGUCGCGGCUCUGAUUACUUCUCAUCGAUCACGGGACUAGAGAAACUGCUGCAAACAGAAGACUUUCUCAUAAAAAAUUUAAGGACUACUGUAAAUGCAGUCAGGACAUCGCUGCAACGAUUGGAGAGCGAGGUGUUCGCCAUCGAGCAGGAGCAUGUUGUGGCCGCCAGGGAUACGGAAAACUAUCUGACCAAUCCGGUGAAUGUGUACCGCCUGAUGAAGCGCCUCCACACGGACUGGCCGCAUCUAGAGACCCGUGUUCAGCAAAUUGCUGAUAAGAUGGAUUUCAACGCUACCCAGGGAUAUGGCCUGAGUUUUCCCAGCCAAGAGGACGUGGAUGGCGCUGCCUUGGCUCUGGUCCGGCUGCAGAGCACCUACAAAUUGGAUGUGGCCCAAGUGGCCGCCGGCAUACUGAAUGGCAUAAAAUAUGGCUCCGACAUGAGCUGGCAGGACUGCUUCGUGCUGGGUCAACAACUCUUUGAAAUGGAGGACUACAACAACACCAAGGUGUGGCUGCGCGAAUCCAUGGAGCGCCUGGGACGUCACAGUCCCGCCUCUGCAACCACCCCCGACAGCGGAACCCUCAAUCGAAUGGAGGCGGUGGCCAAGAGUUUGUUCCAGCUGGGCGACUUUGACACCGCUUACGAGCUCAGCCAGCGGGUUCUCCAAUUCGAUCCGAAGCGCAUCCGGAACUGGCAUCUGGGCGACAAGGGAGCGGUGACGAACCCAGAGGAGGCGGAGGACAUGGCUCUGCCCAGGCACUCAGAUUCCUACAGUCUCACGCAGGAGUUCGCCCACUACGAGAAGGUGUGCCGUGGCGAGGUGGGCCCUUCUCCCCGCCAGGAGCGUCCCCUUCGCUGUCGCUACUCGCUGGGAAGCCACCCCUAUCGACAUCUGGCGCCCCUAAAGCUGGAGGAGCACAGCCUGGACCCCUUCGUGGUCACCUACCACGACAUGCUCAGCCCGCGCAAAAUCGCCGACCUUCGGCUGAUGGCCGUGCCCCGGAUGCACCGCUCCACGGUGAAUCCCCUGCCCGGUGGCCAAAACAAGAAAUCUUCCUUCCGCGUCAGCAAGAACGCCUGGCUCGCCUACGACUCCCACCCAACGAUGGGUGGGAUGCUCUCAGACCUCAGCGACGCCACCGGCCUGGACAUGACCUUCUGCGAGCAGCUGCAGGUCGCCAACUACGGCGUGGGCGGACACUACGAGCCGCACUGGGACUUCUUCCGGGACCCGGACCACUAUCCCGCCGAAGAGGGCAACCGCAUGGCCACCGCCAUCUUUUACCUCUCCGAUGUGGAGCAGGGCGGAGCCACAGCGUUUCCCUUCCUCAACUUUGCGGUGAAGCCGCAGCUGGGGAACGUCCUCUUCUGGUACAACGUGCACCGCUCCCUCGACGUGGACUAUCGCACCAAGCACGCCGGCUGCCCGGUCCUCAAGGGCAGCAAGUGGAUCGGCAACGUUUGGAUACACGAAGCCACACAGACCUUUGCGCGGCCCUGCGACGUUUUCCGGGAUCACGAGGUGUCGUUGGAGUACGAGAUUAUCAAAUAA